UGUCAAAAGUUCCAACUUGAAAUACGCCGGUCGCACGUCACGUGGUGUGAUCGGGGGGUCACGUGACUGAGUAGGCGGGUCAUGUGACCGUGUGGCAGACAUGGCUGGCUACAGGGAGAUGUACGGGGAGCCGAGUGAUAUCACGUUGCAGCAGGAGAGACAUUACUAUCUACUGUCCCAGCUGCAGAACCUGGUGAAGGAUCUCCCUAGCUCUUGUCAGCAACGCCUGUCUUACACCAUCCUUAGUGAUUUGGCCCUGGCACUGAUUGAUGGCACAGUAUUUGAAAUUGUUCAAGGACUGUUGGAAAUUCAGCACCUAACAGAAAAAAAUCUCUACAACCAGCGAAUAAAGCUACAUGCAGAACACAGAGCUUUAAAGCAAGAUCUCCUUAAGAAGCAUAAAGAAGCUCAACAGUCGUGUAAACAACACAAUGCACCAAUUCUUAAAAAUACACAGCAGAAGGAGCUAGAGGCUCUGGAACAGAGAAUAAAAGAAGAACAGCAAAUGAUGGAUGAAAAAAUUGUGCUGGAGUUGGACCAGAAAGUCAUUGACCAGCAGAGUACAUUAGAGAAAGCAGGUGUCUCAGGCUUCUAUGUCACAACUAAUCCCCAGGAACUAACAUUGCAAAUGAAUUUAUUGGAGCUAAUACUCAAGCUGCAGCAAAAGGAGAGCGGGAUAAGCAAGAAGUAUUCUUAAGUUAAAGGGGUUGUAAAGGAUUUAUUUUUUUCCCUAAAUAGCU